GAGAGCGGUGUCCGGACGCCCCGAGGCAGCUGCAGGACGGGAUGGAGCAAGGCUUGAUCCGGCGCCUGGCGCCCAGGCUGGGCAUCACCGAGCCCGCAGUCAUCAGAAAAGCUGAAGAGCAUCUGCGACUGUCCCAGGUGAAGUGCACAGGAUUGUUAACUCAAAUGACAGCCACAAGCCAUGCGGUGAUGUGCCUGGAUCUAGCAGCUAGUUUCAUGAAGCAGCCAGUAGACAAAAGCUACUUUGUUAGACUCUCCGGUUUGAACACGACAACUUACCAGAAUUGCGUGAAGUCUUUUGAGUGUUUGUUAGGCAUGAACUCCAGUCUGGGAAUCCGAGACUUGGCUGUCCAGUUCUGUUGCACAGAGGCAAUCAACACAGCAGCAAAGUUAUUACAAAGGUAUGAAUCCAGUCUCUCUGAAGCACAGCAAAUGGCUCUUGAUUUAUCAAAACCCCUGUUUACAACGGCGGCAUUGUUUACUGCGUGCAGAUGCUUGAAACUGAAAGUGGAUAAGAAAAAACUGGUGGCUACAUCUGGGGUGAAGAAGGCGCUAUUUGACCGGUUGUGCAGCCAGCUGGAGAAGCUAAGUCAGCAGAUCAGCAAAGACUGCAGUCCAUUGACACCUUCACCAACUAAAAGCCCAAAGACCUUGCUUCAGUGUAUCGAGAAGGAACAAGAAGCUGAAGAUGAAGUGGACACCCCAUGUAAGCGGCAGAAAUGUGAAACUGACCCAAAACAAGACUAUGAGGAAUGGAAGAGGAGGAUCCUGGAAAGUGCUACUAAGGCUCAAAAGACUUCAGGCCCUGGAGGGUCACCAAAUAGUAUCACCGCUACUGGUUCAUAACUUGAAUCCCUUUCUGUUCUGUUGUGACUGCUUGUAGCGUAUGGGGUAAUGGCAGCCAUUCUUAUUUAUUUGAUUGGCUAGGCAAUUUACCCAGUUUUCAAGUAUGUACUAGUACCUAGUUUUUAAUAUGUGGGACUGGCCUGAUGGUGACAUUUUACUACUGCACAGCCCCAGGUCUGAAAGCUGACUGAAAGCUACUUACAGCUUGGACCAGUGCAGAUCAUGUAUUUGGGAGAUUGAUUAGCCUCUCAUUAGCAUACUUUUAAGCAAUACAUUGGUCAAAUUCUGAUGCAGCAUUAAGUAUCCCCUGAGAAGAUAUGGAGCUCUAUAUACCUGAAUGAGGUAAAUUACCACCACUAGGGGAAUGAGACGUUUCCAGAAUGAAAGAGCUUGAGCUUUCAGCAACACAGAAACAAGGAAUUCAGACAACAAAAUUCUUUUUACUGCCAAAGAAAUGUUUAACUUUUAUGAUCUAUAAUGCUGUACACAAUAGGACCCCAACUGAUUUUUUUAGAUGCAAUAAAAAUUCUUUAUUUCUAUA